AUGCUACAGGACAGGCUGUGCAAGGUCGCAGAUUGGUGUGAGGAAUACAAGGUGGUCAUCAAUCCAGACAAAGCACAGGUCAUCUGGUGCUCACUCAACAACCGUAUUGUGAAAGAUUCUACCCCUGAAAUUGUGUUUGACCACGUUCUCAUAGACAGACAGCAUGAGCUGAAGUACCUGGGAAUCACUCUGGACAGGACACUUUCGUUCCGAAGACAUAUUGACAAUGUUGCUGUCAGGGCUCAGAAAGGCAUCAAUCUGGUGGUUCUGUCAGUCAUAGACUAUGGGCUGGGCAUCCUCUCCCUGUCCAAGACUCAGAUAGACAGGUUGGAGAGAGUAAAGAAUGCAGCUAUGAGGGCCGUUCUAGGUUGCACAAAGGACACCCAUGUUGUCUGUAUGAGAUACACCCUUGACCUGGCCAGCAUCAGAGUGAGGCAUAAGGUGGCACAGGCAAAGCUGUACUUGAAUGUUUUGGGAGACCCGAGGCACCCUUUGCAUGAAAACCAGGGCAGCAUCAAAGGAAACAGGAUCAAACGGGGCAGCUCAUGGUUGGCAGAAGCAGAAGACUCCUUGAGGAAAGAUUUCUUCAUGGAACUCCUAAAUGAACUCAAACAGAUGAAUGUGCUGACAGAAACCCUGCAGCCUGAGACCAACAGCGAUUUUUUUGAAGUCACGCUUGAUGUGGCCGAAGGCAUAAAGGCAGCUGAUGGCACGGCGCUGUUCAAAAGUCACGUGAAAACAUUCUCCAAGAGGAAAGGUUAUGUUGCUUCCUUUAUGUCAAAGGUAGAUAAAACAGCCUACUUCGGGAUUGGACUGCACUUCAACCAUUCUCUUUGGACGUUGGAUGGGGCAAAUAUGCUACUUGACGACUCAAACGAACACCAGGUUUAUCUUGAGUGA